AUGUCGGCAGGAGCCCGUGUUUUCCGGCUGGGAAACCACGAGGUGCAGCUGCUAAACGUCGAGCCGGGAGGCGCCGCCUCCUCUCGCCUGCCUCCGAAGCCGCUACUGAUAGCCUCCCCGACCGACGGAGGUGACUUCCCCGUGCUUCUCUUCCUCCACGGCUACCUCCUCUACAACUCCUUCUACUCCCAGCUCAUCCGCCACAUCGCCAGCCAUGGCUUCAUCGUCGUCGCCCCCCAGGUCCCUCCGCUCCCUUCUUCCACCGAUGUAAUAAUCUUCCUCCCCCUCCUCCGCCCCUAAACCCAACGCCAUCCCUCCUCCGCAGCUGUACACGCUCUCCGGGCCAGAUUCCACCGCCGAGAUCCACUCCGCCGCCUCGACGGCGGACUGGCUGCCCGUCGGCCUCCCGCCCGUGCUCCCGCCGUCUGUGCGGCCGGACCUCGCCAAGCUCGCCGUCGCCGGCCACAGCCGCGGCGGCAAGGUCCUGCUCCUCCCUCCCUCCCUCCAUACCAGCAAACAGAAAUUUAUUUUCUCACUCAAAACCAGCACGAGACGAUCUGAUUCCUUCAUGUUUCCUGCAGGUCGCGUUCGCCCUCGUGCUGGGCCGAGGCGCGAGGGCAUCGCUGAGCUUCUCCGCCGUGAUCGGCAUCGACCCGGUGGACGGCAUGGGCCGGGGGAAGCAGACGGUGCCGCCGGUCCUCACCUACGUGCCCGGGUCCUUCGCCAUGGAGGCGGCGGCGAUGGUGCUGGGCUCCGGCCUCGGGGAACUCCCCCGGGGGCCCCUCCUCCCUGCCUGCGCGCCGGCGGGGGUCAACCACCGGGACUUCGCCGCAGAGUGCUGCCCCCCCUCCUGCUACCUCGUCGCCGGCGAAUACGGCCACGUGGAUAUGCUUGACGAUGCGCCGCCGGGUUUGCGUGGGAGGGCGACCCAUUGUCUCUGCAAGGCCGGCGCCGCCAGGGGACCCAUGAGGGCCUUCGUCGGUGGCGCAGUGGUAGCGUUUCUGAGGGCCUUCUUGGAGGGGGACCCGAGGGACCUCCUGGCUCUGAGGGACGAUCCCGCCGCCUCCCCCGUCUCUCUCUCCGCCGCAACGUUCCUCUUGGAGGAAACGGUCACCUGCUAG